AUGAAGUUCACUGCCAUCACCUCCGCCCUCUUCCUGGCCACCGCCGUCAUGGCCACUCCCGACGGCAUCGACGUCGACUCCAUCGUCUCAGAGGCUGAGGGCAUCGCCAGCUCCGCCGAAGCUGGUGGCAAGUCCAUUGGCUCUGACGCCGCCGCGGAAGCCACUUCCAUUGCCAACGCCGUCCACACUGGCGGUGCGGAUGCUCUUUCCACUUUGACCGGCGAGGCCGCUUCCAUCGCCACUGCCGUCGAGAGCGGUGCCAGCUCCAUCGCGUCGGCUGGCGAGUCCGCCGGCUCUGACGCCGCGAGCAAUGCCUCCGCCUUCGUCUCUUCCGUCACUGCUACCAACUCCGAGGGCGAGAAGACCACCGUUGCUUCCACCAUCACCUCCCAGGCCUCCAAGAGCUCGGCCACUAGCACCGCUACCCAGACUGGCUCCGACUCCUCCAGCCCUACCACCUCCAACGCUGCUGUCGCUGGUUACAACGUCAACGCCGCUGCUGCCGGUGUUGCUGGUAUGCUCGGUGUCAUGGCUGCUCUGUAA